GCCACCAGUGGUAGAGCUGGCAAAAGACGGAAAGGAGGGAAAGAUAGAUAGAGGAGAUAGACAGGAGACAGCGAGACAGACACGAGACAGAAAGACAAGCCUCGAAAGAGAGCCUCUCACCUCAGCUGACCGUCUGUAAGGCCACGAGACGUCCUUUUGACGUCUGACAGCAGCAGAAUAACUGAAGAGGAGAUGUGACUGGCCUUUUUUUUUCUUCUUCUUAUUUCGAAACCCGGGGCAGCAACGUAAACACAGCCGCAGUGCCCCCUUCAUCCCAGGCCUUGUGGAUUUACUUGCUGGCUCUAUAGAAAGUGAUGCCCUAUUGAUUCCUGCUUUCUAACAAAGCCCAUUGAUUACAGUGAGGGUGUUGGAAAGGCUUUGAUCACAGCUAUGUCAACACUGCAUCAGGAUAUUUGAAGCCAAGAAGGACUACAGUAAAAGAGCGACAGGAGUUUGUUGUUCCAGGUGUUACAUUUAGUGUUUCAGAUAUUUUUUGGGACGUCCAUCUUGCAUCUUUUUUCUUCUGCAGCGUUUUUGUGUGAUCAUGUGUUUCUGAUUUGCUUGAACCAGACAGUAUUUCGUCUCUACAGUACACGCAGCGUAUUCUCUUACCAUGUACGGUAGCUCCCGUUCCGUAUCAAAGCUGGAUGUUGUUGGAUCCAAUGGUAACGGGUCAGUGUCUGGGAGCCCCGGGCGCUCCCCGCGCCUCCCUCGCUCCCCGCGCCUCGGACACCGGCGAAACAGCAGCAGCAGCUCCACCGGCGGACUAACUGGCUCCGGUAAAACCCUGUCCAUGGAGAACAUUCAGUCCCUAAACGCUGCCUACGCUACGGGCGGUCCUAUGUACUUCGCUGACACAAUUGAUGACCCGAUGGGCAUUGGGAGCCUGGGCAGUGGGCUCAACCCCUCGCUGCCCAAAAGCACCAUGACCCUGGGCAGGGCCGGGGCCAGGAUGCCCUACGGGGUCAGGGCGGCCAUCAUGGGGAGCACUCCGAAUAUAAACACUGGAGGAGGAGGUGCGAUGCCCAGUGAUGCCAUAGCAUUCGGGGGGGAGAUGCAAAACCAUCCGUCACAGGCAGCCACUGUGCCCCACUCCAUGAGACAGGUGAGAGACGGUGCAAUGUCAGACCUGCAGACACAGUUAAGAGAAGUGCUGAGAGAGAACGAACUACUACGCAGAGAACUGGAGGCGAAAGAGUCCAAGUUGAGCUCCUCCAUGAACUCCAUUAAGACGUUUUGGAGUCCAGAGCUGAAGAAAGAGAGGGCGCUGAGGAAGGACGAAGCCACAAAGAUGUCCGUGUGGAAGGAACAGUACAGGGUGGUGCAGGAGGAAACGCAGCAUUUUCAGUGCACCAUCCAGGCUUUACAAGACGAGCUCCGGAUCCAGCGAGAUCUCAACCAGCUCUUCCAGUCCGAUUACACAGAGUCCGGUCACCUCGGCCAGCCUAUCCCGCCUCAGGAAAUGACGGAGGAGAACUUCUUGCGUCUCCACGGCGAGUACGAGCGACAGAUGAAAGAGCUCUUCCUCCUGAGGAAGACCGUGGAAGAAAUGGAGCUGAGGAUAGACACACAGAAACACACGCUCACUGCCAGGGAUGAAUCCAUAAAGAAGUUACUGGAAAUGUUGCAGAGCAAAGGCCUGUCGUCAAGAGCAACCGAGGAGGACCAUGAACGAACGAGGCGACUGGCUGAUGCUGAGAUGACCAUCCACCAACUGGAAGGCCUGCUGGAGCAAAAAGACAAGGAGAUGCUCCAACUCAGAGAGGAGCUGCACAGGAGAUACGAAGCAGCUCCAGAAUCCACAAAGACCAAGGCCUUGCAGACAGUCAUCGAAAUGAAGGAUGCAAAGAUCAGCUCCAUGGAGCGCGGCCUGAGGGAGCUGGAGGAGGAGGUGAACAUGCUCAAGUCCAACGGAGCUCUGAGCAGCGAGGAGAGGGAGGAGGAGAUCAAACAGAUGGAGGUCUACAGAUCCCACUCCAAGUUCAUGAAGAACAAGGUUGAGCAGCUGAAGGAAGAGCUAACUCGCAGCCAAUCAGAGAAGGAGGAGCUAAAGCAACGAGCCAAUGAGCUCCAGCUGGAGGUGUCUGCAAUUGAGCAGGCAAAACAGGAUCUGGGUCGUAAAGACAGCGAGCUGUUGGCUUUCAGGACCAAAUUGGAAACUCUGAACAAUCAGUUUUCUGACAGUAAACAACACGUGGACGUACUCAAGGAGUCUCUCACUGCCAAGGAGCAGAGAGCAGCUAUACUGCAGACUGAGGUGGAUGCGCUGCGUCUCCGUCUGGAGGAAAAGGAAUCUCUGCUGGCUAAGAAGAGUUCGCAGAUAUCAGAACUGACAGAGGAGAAAAGCACUCAGAGCGGAGAGAUCAGCGACCUCAAAGACAUGCUGGACGUCAAGGAACGCAAAGUUAACGUGCUGCAGAAGAAGAUAGAGAACCUCCAGGAUCAGCUGAGGGAUAAAGAGAAACAGCUGGGCGGUCUGAAAGACAGAGUCAAGUCUUUACAGACAGACACCUCCAACACCGACACAGCACUGGGAACACUGGAGGAGGCUCUGGCUGAGAAGGAACGAAUCAUCGAUCGGUUGAAGGAGCAGCGGGAGAGGGAGGAAAGAGAAAAGGGGGACGAGGUGGAGUCCAGCAAGAAGGAGCUGAAGGAGCUGAGGGAGAAAGUCUCCGUGCUGCAGGCUGACCUGGCUGACCGUGAGACUUCAGUGUUGGAUCUGAAGGAGAAGGCUUCCUCUCUGGCUUCCUCGACUCUGAAGAAGGACAACAGGCUGAAGAGUCUGGAGAUCAGCCUGGAGCAGAAGAGAGAGGAGUGUGUCAAACUUGAGAACCAGCUCAAGAAGGCUCAGAGUGCAGCAACAGAUUCCCAGGCCAGCACUGAACUCUCGGAGCGCAUCUCCUGCCUGGAGCAGGAAGUGACCCAGCACAAAGAGGAUGCUGGGAAGGCCCAGUCCGAGGUGGAGCGACUUCUGGAGAUCCUGAGGGAGAUGGAGAACGAGAAGAACGACAAGGAGAAGAAGAUCCACGAACUGGAGAGAACUCCCUCUGCCUCUCAUCUUUGGCAUUCUCAGCAGUCGCGAAAACAGGCCCCUCCCCCCGCUGCCUCUCAGCAGCCAAUGGGGGGGCUGGUGUGGGACUACCUGGGCACUCUUGCCUCAAGGCAGAUGAAGGACCAGUCGAAGAAGGUGGCCAACCUGAAACACAAGGAGCAGCUGGAGAAGAGCAGGAACGCUCAGCUGAUGGAGGACGCCAAGAAGAGGGAGGACAACCUGAACGAAAGCUCCCAGCAGAUAAAGGACUCCCUCCGUCAGAAGGAGGAGCGCAUUGAGGAGCUGGAGGAGGCGCUGAGGGAAAGCGUUCAGAUCACAGCGGAGAGGGAGGUGGUGCUCGCCCAGGAGGAGCAGGCACGCACGCACUCUGAGAAACAGGUGGAGGACCUGCUGGUUGCCAUGGAGAAGGUGAAACAGGAACUGGAGGUGAUGAAAGCCAAGCUGUCAUCAACUCAGCUCUCACUGGCGGAGAAGGAAGGUCACCUGACCGCCCUGCGGGCCGAGAGGCGGAAACACCUGGAGGAGGUCCUGGAGAUGAAGCAAGAGGCGCUGCUGGCAGCCAUCAGUGAGAAAGAUGCCAAUAUUGCCCUGCUGGAGCUCUCCUCAUCCAAAAAGAAGAAAACCCAGGACGAGGUAGCAGCUCUGAAGAGGGAGAAGGAUGGACUGGUUCAUCAGCUCAAGCAGCAGACUCAGAACCGUAUGAAGCUGAUGGCAGACAACUAUGAGGACGACCACCUGAAGGUCGCCUCUCCGAACUCAGAGCAGCCCAACAAUCACAAGCCCUCCCCAGACCAGAUUCUCUCUCCUCUCCUGGAUCUAAAUCAGAAUCGCAGUAAACUGAAGCUGUACAUCAGCCACCUGACCUCACUGUGUCAGGAGCGAGACCCAAUCAUACUGCAGGACUUCGCCCCGCCCCCGGCCUAUCGCCGCUCUGACUCCGCCUCCUGGCAUACGCAGCUGCACAGCAUGACGCAGGAACAGUUGGAGGCGGAGUUAGCGCUGUGUGAGAGGGAGGGGGCGGAGCUCCAGGAGUACGCCAAUCAGGUCCUGCAGCAGAUCGCCGACCGAUGCCCCGACAUUUUGGAACAAGUGGUCAACGCUCUGGAGGACAGCUGCUAACACAUGAGUGCACACAUGCAGACAGACACAGAGCUUAUACAUUAUUUAGCACGCAAAGUAAAAAGCAAACGAAGGUCUCCCCAUAAUCCCCUGACACACAAAUAAAAUCACAGGAUGAAGCACUUCCACCUGCUCUUUACUCAGAAAGGGGAUAAAAAAAAUGUCAUGCCAUUAGUGAAAAAUCUUCUUCCACUGUGUCUUUAUCAUUUUGAAAACACAGGGCCAGCUGACGGAAGUGUUGUUCAUUUUUCAGUUCAAAGUGCUUUGUUGGCAUGCAAGUUAAUUGGAAACCGUUGAUGUUUUUGAGACAUUAAACACAUAUUUUCCUGAAGGAGCCUUCACUGCACUCGCCAUCUGUGUCACUUCACAGCGGCCAUCUUGUGUCCUUCCAGGCAAUCAGCAGACUUGUUAUCGUGACUUGAUGUAUUUUAAGGGGGAAAAAACAUUUCAAACUGUAUGAAAAGGGUUAAAGUGAGUCGAGCUUGCCAGGUUGUUCCUGACGCCAGACUUACACACUGUUACCACAUUGUUAUUUGAUUUUGUCAGAUACAAAAGUGUGUUUAUUUCAGCUGCCUUUGAUUCUUUACAUCAUUUGCUGCUAUCUUUUUUGACCUUUAGUGUCUACUUUGCCAUUUAUUUCUUGUUUUUCCUCUCCAAUGAAACGUCCCAACUUUCAGUUCCUUUCAGCAGUAACCUCUGGGUAGUUGUGUAUAUUGUAAAGAGUGAACUUUAAUUAACAGAAACACAGCUCUCAUCAGGGGAACAGGACACUUUCAUCUAUAUUUUUCCCAGCAACGACCUACAAUAAAUCUCGCAAUACUCCCUUUAUUCAAACACACUGGUGUAGAUUUUUUGUGUUUCUUUUUAACAUAAGAAACACAGUUAUGGUGUCCAUAAGUUGUGUUCAGACAAUCCCUCACUUACUAUUUUGUGACAAUCCCUUUAGAGUUAACACGCGGAGAAAUCUGAACCCUUACUGAAACAUCUUUUUUUCUCGGGAGGUAGGGAAUAUAAAAUAAUUGCUAUAUAUUUUUGCUUUGGUAAUAUAUAUAUAAAACACUAAUCUUGUUUAAUUGAAAAUAUUGUCAUGUAUUGGUUGGUAUGUUACAUAAUGUGUCAAAACUUUUUUUUUUUUUUUUUUUUGUGAUUUGCAAGUAACCACAAAUCCGUUCCGUAUGCAGGAGACUGUUACUGGGAACGUUUAUUGCACCUACAUGAGGCUCUGUGUCCACCGGGAAGCUUUUCUCAGAAUCAGUUUCUUGUUCUUGUUGUUUACAGUGGAAAUAACACUCUGAUGCAUGUUUCCCACAGCGCUGACAGCCUUAGCAUGACAUAAACAGCACCGAGCACUAGAGGUUCCAAUUGUUUUAACUUCAAUCAAAAGCUCCUCUAACUCUUUCUUUUCUAGUCUUUUUCUGUAGUGAGUGCUGGAGCCGUGACCGGCCACAUGCAGCUGUUUAGCGCUGCUCCCUUGAAAGAAGUACCUGGUGGAGACAAAGCCUAAAGAUGGGGAUUUACACUGCACACUCACAUCUGAUUUUACACCGUCAUGAGGCUUUAUGAAGAAGCCAGAAAAAGGUUUCAUUUUCAGCAUCUAAGCUUAGUAUUAAACAGUCACAUGGGUGUAAAAAUGAGGAGUUUCAUUCCAAAAUAAAAGUGUUUUAUGGGGUUUAGGUUCCUCAAAUGUUACCAGUUUAAAAUAGCUAAAAGUUUCAAUGAUCAUGAAGAGUUUAUGUGACACAGUUUGGAAUGAAACUCAGAUAAUCAGAUAUGAGCUCACGAUGUAAAUCCAGUACUCUGUUGUCUGUUUUAUACUGAUAAUGUUUCAAAACGGUGAUGACUGGGACUCACCGUGACUUUGUUGUGGAUUUAAAAUGAGAGAAUGGAAUAAAAACAAGAUUUAUCUUUAUUUUAUUGUGAAA